ACAUAGUUAUAUAUAUUGAUGCUUAACUUAAUAGUGUUUGUAAGCCAUAGGUCUAGGCUACAUGUUGAUCACGUUUGAUGGACUGUUGACUUUCUUUUAUUUCAUUACUCCAAAGUCCAUCUGCUAAUGAGGAAAAUGUGAGACAAUUCUGGCUUAAAGCUACUAAACUGAAAUUUAGGAGACCGUAUUUUGAGUUUAUGUGCACUCUAAAUAUUUUAAAUUCUUGAGUACUCCUAUUCUCCUAUACUAAUUCUUCAGAGAGUCCGUGUGUGGCGGCUUUGCUAAGUUGUGAUUUUAUUUUUUGUUUUAUUGUAAGUAUUGCCUCCAUGUUGCGUAAAGGCCGCCUCUACAACAAGGUCACAGCAGAUUUUUUUCCGUGCAUUAAAAAUCAGCCGGACCGUCAGCCUCUUCCUUCUGGACCCCAAAGACGUGAAUGACAUCGCCUCCGACCACCCAGCAUGCCAUGCUGCGUCGGACAGCCAAUCACAUUUCAGAGAUCGGCCACUGCUGCCUGACGCGUAGCUGCUUCAUCCAAUCAGAGUUCAGGAAAAGGCCUUAAGAGCCGCCUCCGCUGCUCCCGCAGCCAGUCACGACCCAGCCGUAAUUACUAAUUCAUUACAUAGCAAAGGGGAGUGACGCAGUUACUGUAGAUCCAUAGACACUCCACGCUUUUUCAUAUGACUUAAAAUAACAUUGUGCGUUUUUUUUCCCCAAGCCGUGGACGUAGAUUUCCUCAUCAGCACAGCAAAGAACGGGGAUUCCUGCUGCCAUCUGGAGGCUGCAUGUCGAAUCUGUGCGCUCCCUGAAUCCUUGGAUGCCAUUCCGGUUGGAGGCUGCGGUGCACCCCGAGGACUAGAUGCGAUAACCCGAACGAGAUAUGCCGCAGCCGAAAUCACGAAAAAUCGCCAUCCUCGGGUACCGAUCCGUAGGAAAGUCCUCCUUGACAAUUCAGUUUGUGGAAGGCCAGUUUGUUGACUCAUAUGACCCAACAAUAGAAAACACAUUUACUAAAAUGAUAACAAUAAAUGGACAAGAGUACCAUCUGCAGCUGGUUGACACAGCAGGACAGGACGAGUACUCCAUCUUCCCUCAGACCUACUCCAUAGACAUCAAUGGUUACAUUCUGGUCUAUUCAGUUACAUCCAAUAAAAGUUUCGAAGUUGUACAGGUUAUCCAUGAAAAACUCUUGGACAUGGUGGGGAAGGUUCAAGUUCCAAUUAUGCUCGUCGGAAACAAGAACGACCUACAUAUGGAACGAGUAAUCAGUUGUGAAGAGGGAAAAGCGUUAGCUGAAUCCUGGAACGCUGCCUUCAUGGAGUCCUCGGCUAAAGAGAACCAGCCGUGGAAGUUUUCCGGAGGAUGAUCCUGGAGGCAGAGAAGAUGGACGGCGGCGUGCAGCCAGGAAAAACGUCCUGCUCCAUGAUGUAGAGCCGCCCAAUCAACACACAGGACACUGCACUGGGAUAUCCCGUUACUUGAAGGCUAGCUGCCAGUUCUCCUCCACCUCAGCUGACUCCACCCUCCAGGGUCCUAAAUACCCGAUACAGUCUAUUUAUGGCUCUGAAUCCACUGUUAUUUAUCAGUAUUUCCCGUUUCCUUUUGUCAUCCUUGUUUUCUUUGCGUGUUUGAUAAAAAACGGAUGAGUGGUGGUUUCCCCGUCGUACAUUUCCCGCAAUCCGCCCCUCCUCCAUGUGCAGCACACAGCAUCAUUUUGGGUGUAUCAGAAAAUGUUUGGUGAUGAUGACAGCUGUAAUCAAGGCCAGAGAUACGAGUGGUUUGAUGCAUCCUAGCUUCCCGUUAUGCAUCUCCCACACGGGCUACAGCCCCUUCUCUGGUUAAAUAACAAGAGAUAAGAGAAACGCAAUGUCUGACAAGCGUGCGCGCGGGAGAACGCUGAGCAAACACGGGCGUUGCUUCUGAUACACCACCAGCUGUUAGUCCCUUGCAGUACACAGCUCUUUUUCUACUUCAUCUCCACACUGCACCCACUUCUCUGUUCCUCAGUUUCUUGUCAGCCAAAAAGAUCUGCAUCCAUUUUCUAAUGUUGAAAAUGUUGUACAAAUGUUUUUGAUUGUAAUCAUUAAAGCAAAAAGUGGUUAUGUAAA